AUUUUACAUUUUGGACUCUCGGACUUCUCCUACGCCUGGAAAAUAUCAAUCGUCGCCGAACAGUAAAGAAAAAGUUAUGUGCUUUUGGUUCGUCUCUCUGAUGAGGGGUUUUAAAUAGAGAGGUAGAGAGAGACGCAAUUCUCAGUUUGAGACAAAGCUAGGGUUUUUUAGUUUUUCUCACACCCAAAGUUUCAAUCUUUCUUCACCGAAUCAAGAAUGGUUGCUACGAAGAGAGUUGGUGAUCAUAGCAACUCCAGCUCGGAUGACUCCAUCACGAGGAAACGUGACGAUGAUCACAGGACGAGAAAGCAACUGAAGACGACGACGACAAAAACUACAUUGAAAUCUUCCUCUGCUUCAAAGAUGAAUUGGUCUAAAAACGAUGAGCUUGUCAUUCUCGGGGGUAUUGUGGACUAUGAAAUUGAAACGAAAUCGAGUCACGGAUCCGACUGGGCUGCGUUGUACCUUUAUGUAAAAGAUAAUGUAGAAGCGAAGUUUUCGAAGAAGCAGUUCAUUGAUAAAGUCAAGAGGUUGAAGAGAAGGUUUAUAUAUAAUCAGGAGAGAACUAACGAUGGGAAAGAUGUUUCUUUUACUGAUACUGAUGAUGAUGAAAUCUUUAAAUUGUCAAUGAUGAUUUGGGCCAAAAGUGAAACAGAACAUGUUGUUUCUAAUGAGGAUAUGGACCAAGCUAAGGAUGUUCCUUCUGGGGAGCAAGAGGGUAAGAGUGUGCCUUGUGCGGAGCAAGAGCGGGUGAGUGUAGAAAUUGAUAAUGGUGAGAAAGAGAAAUUGGACCAAGCCAAGGACGUGCCUUGUGCGGAGCAAGAGGAUAAGGAUGUGCCUGGUGCGGAGCUAGAGGAUAAGGAUGUGCCUUGUGCUGAGAAAGAGGAUAAGGAUGUGCCUUGUGCUGAGAAAGAGGAUGAGGAUGUGCCUGGUGCUGAGCAAGAGGAUAAGGAUGUGCCUUGUGCUGAGAAAGAGGAUGAGGAUGUGCCUGGUGCUGAACAAGAGGAUAAGGAUGUGCCUUGUGCUGAGCAAGAGCAGGUGAGUAACGAGAUUGAUAAUGGUGAGCAAGAGAUGAUUGAAGAAGAUGGUGUGGAUGAGUUAGGUGUUAUGGAGGAUACACUUGAGUCUGUGAUAUCGUUUCAAAGUUUAGCUAAAAAUGGUGAGAAAGAUAAGAGUGAAGAAGAUGGUGUGGGUGAGUUGGGUGUUCUGCUGGAGAUACUUGAGGCGGAUAAAUUCUAUCAAAACUGUAGUAAAUAUCAACAAAAAUUGCUGCGUCAGAAGUUGGAAAACGUUGGAGCUGAGAGAAGAAAAGAGCUAAUCGACGAGUGGAAAGCAUUGCUUGUUCAGGAGAUGAAAUUGAGUAUCAAGAAAUUUAAUUUCUUGGCAAAGAUUGCAAACGCAGGAGUAGGAGUUUCUCCUUAAAUCUGAAAGUAAGAAAAUGUCUGCUUUUGGAGUGAUUUUUAUGUUUUUAGAUUUCCUUGUACUAUUGCUUUGGUUUGUGUUUUAAGCUUAUGUUAAAAGGAUUGUGGCUCCUUUUGUCUUAUGGUUGUGUGUGUGUGUGAGUGUAAGUGUGUGUAACUUGUUAUAUCGAGUAAUCCUUUUUGUUUCUUUUU